AGGGAUUCACUGGAGGAGUUUGCAGAAAUGAAAGAAAGAGAAGAAAAGAAGGCUAACCUCGAAAGGGAAGAGAAGAAAAGAGAUUACCAAGCCAGAAAGAUGCAUUACCUCCUCAGCACAAAGCAGAUUCCAGGUAUAUACAACUCACCAUUCAGAAAAGAGCCUGAUCCAUGGGAGUUACGUUUACAGAAGGCAAAGCCUUUACUACACCAAAGACCUAAAGCUAAUAAGAAGUACUCCAUCAGCCUUACUGAUUGGCUAGCUUGUACGAGUGCCCGUUCUUUUCCUCAGUCUGAAAUUCUGCCACCUAUUGAUAGGAAGCAAUGUCAGGGGCCCUUCCGAGAUAUCACCGAAGUAUUAGAACAACGCUACAAACCUUUGGAACCAACAUUGUGGGUGGCAGAACCAAUCAAUGAGUUAAAAUUGGCCAGAGAGGUGCUCAGAAGAGAAGAACGGGUGCGAAACAUACAUGAAAAUAUGUUUUUACCAUUUUCUUCCUACCAUAAAAAUAAAAAAUACAUCCCAUCAAUGCAUUCAUCAAGCAAAUAUGGUCCCGAGUCUUAUGGAGAACAACAUUUUCGAAGUGAAAAUCCUAAGCAAUGGAUCUCUGAUAAGGAUUUUAAAACUGUAUUACCAUCAUUUGAUCUCUUCUCUAAGUAUGGAAAAUUAUACUCAAAAGCAGGACAAAUUGUUUAA